AUGCGUUUGAAAGCCACUUCUGUUACGUUGCAUACUGACGUGGGCGACCUUAAGAUCGAGCUCUUCUGCGACGCCUGCCCCAAGGCCUGCGAGAACUUCCUCGCCUUGUGCGCCAGCGACUACUACAGCGGAUGUGUGUUUAUCCGCAAUAUCAAAGGAUUCAUAGUCCAGACUGGUGAUCCCACCAACACCGGAAAGAACGGACAGUCCAUUUGGGGACAGAAGUUUGAUGACGAGUUCAAAGAAACCAUAAAGCACACGGAUCGGGGAAUGGUGUCCAUGGCCAACAAUGGUCCCAACGCCAAUGCCAGCCAGUUCUUCAUCACGUAUGCAGCCCAACCGAAUCUUGACCUGAAGUACACCCUCUUCGGCCGUGUUAUAGAUGGAUUCGACGCCUUGGACGAGCUGGAAAAGCUGCCCGUGAAUCCCAAAAACUACCGGCCCCAUGUGGACAAAAAGAUCAACGGCGUCACGAUCCAUGCGAAUCCACUGGCUGCGUGAUAAAGUACAAAACACAAACUAUUUUUUUACGCUUAAAUUGAAAUAUAUAUUUAUAGCACUUAACUUACACGAUUUCUUCGAUUAAAAACUAAUUGCUUGAGAAACAUCAAA